AUGGAGGUGGUUGUGCAGCAGCAGCAGUUUCAUCACCAGCUGGGGGCACAAGCUGCUGCAGGUGGUGGUCAGCAGCAGCAUCAGAACAAGGCGCCCGGGGCCGGCCGGGGACGUCGCAAGUGCUGCCCGCUGCGGCGGUCUCGCAAGGGAUGCAUGAAGGGCAAGGGCGGCCCGGAUAACCAGCAGUGCCCCUUCCGCGGCGUCCGCCAGCGCACCUGGGGCAAGUGGGUCGCCGAGAUCCGCGAGCCCAACCGCGGCGCACGCCUCUGGCUUGGCACCUUCAGCACCGCGCUCGAGGCCGCGCGCGCCUACGACGCCGCCGCCCGGGCGCUCUACGCGGACUGCGCGCGACUCAACCUCCCCACGGCUGGUGCUACUGCAGCCUCCUCAUCGGCGGCGUCUCCCACCCCUGACACCGUAGCUGGCAACCACCAGCAGUACUACAAGCCACCGGCGCCGGGGACGCCCUGCUGCUCCGCUGACGCCCCAUGCAACUCCAACUCGUCCGUCACCACGACAUCGCCCACGCAGCACCCAAUGGACGGCAGGUUCACGGUUGUGCAGGGCGACUUGUGCCUGUCGGCUGCUGCGACAGAUCAGGAGGACUUCGAGGACUACGUGACGCGACUGCCCAAGGCGGAGGACUUCGGCCUGGAGGGCUUCCAGGAGGUGUUCGACGAAGCCGCAGGCGGCAUCUGGGGCAUGCACACCGCCGGCUGGCCGGACAUGAUGAUCGACGCCCAAGUCGUGGUCCCUCGUUGA